AAGUUAACCACUUUCAUUGAGCAAAGAACACAACAAGAACGAGAAAUGGCAGAUUGGGGUCCAGUUUUUGUGGCUGUCAUUCUGUUUGUUUUGCUAACACCAGGGCUGCUCUUCCAGCUUCCUGGAAACCGAAGGUGCUUGGAGUUCGGCAACUUUCACACCAGCGCUGCUGCUAUCGUCGUUCAUUCGCUUCUCUACUUCGGUCUCAUUUGCGUCUUCUUGCUCGCCAUCAAGGUUCAUCUCUACAUUGGUUAA